CGUACAGUAGUUCUCGGCUAAAAUAAUGUGCGAUAUCCCGGCUUUUCAGUCUCCGAGGUGACCGAGAAUCUGGCAGCGGUAGCCGGGAUGGCGCUGGUCACCGUCCAGCGGUCUCCGACUCCGAGCACCACGUCCAGCCCCUGUGUUUCUGAGUCGGGCAGCAGUGAGGAUGACCAUCGCUCUCAGCCCAGGAGCAUCAGUGAGAGCUUCCUCACAGUGAAAGGUGCAGCUCUCUUCCUCCCCAGGGGGAAAAGCCCCACGCCAAACACUGCACCUCGGAUCAGCCAGCGCAGGAACAAGCAUACAGGUGACCUCCAGAAACAUCUCCAGACCAUGUUUACUGUGCUGCGCCCAGAGGACACUAUCCGACUGGCGGUGCGUCUGGAGAGCGCCUACCCUCAGGUAACCCGCUACAUGGUGGUGGUCUCCACCAAUGGCAGGCAGGACACGGAGGAGAGCCUUGUGCUCGGCAUGGACUUUGUCUCCUCUGACAGCUGCUGUACUGUGGGGCUGGUUCUACCUCUGUGGAGCGACACACUGAUCCACUUGGAUGGAGACGGAGGCUUCAGUGUAUCGACGGUAAACAGGGUUCACGUCUUCAAGCCUGUCUCGGUCCAGGCCAUGUGGUCGGCCUUGCAGUCGCUGCACAAAGCCUGCGAGGUGGCUCGCUGCCAUAACUACUACCCAGGCAGCCUGUUCCUGACCUGGGUCAGCUACUACCAGAGCAGGGUGUCGUCCAGUCAGUUCUGUGUCAACGAAUGGAACGCCAUGCAGGAUGUGGAGUCCCACCGUGCCAACUCGCCCAUCCUUUUCACCGACCUGCCCACAGAGAGGGAGCGCACAGAACGGCUCAUCAAGACCCGUCUCAGGGAAAUCAUGAUGCAGAAAGACCUGGAGAACGUCACCAGCAAGGAGAUCCGAACCGAGCUUGAGAUGCAGAUGGCGUGUAACCUGAGGGAGUUCAAAGAGUUCAUCGAUAACGAGAUGAUUGUCAUCCUGGGACAGAUGGACAGUCCCACAGAAAUCUUUGACCAUGUCUUUUUGGGCUCUGAGUGGAACGCCUCCAACCUAGAGGAGCUGCAGAACAGCGGAGUGCGCUACAUCCUGAACGUGACCAGAGAAAUAGACAACUUUUUCCCGGGAAUGUUUGAGUACCACAACAUCCGAGUUUACGACGAGGAGGCCACCAACCUGCUGGAGUACUGGAACGAUACUUACAAGUUCAUCACCAAAGCCAAGAAAGCAGGAGUGAAGUGUCUUGUUCACUGUAAGAUGGGAGUGAGUCGCUCCGCCUCCACAGUGAUCGCCUACGCCAUGAAGGAGUACGGCUGGGAUCUGGACACCGCCUUCGACUACGUGAAAGAGAGACGCACCGUCACCAAACCAAACCCGUCCUUCAUGAAACAGCUGGAGGAGUAUCAGGGAAUCCUGCUGGCAAG